AUGGUUAUUUCAAACUUGGAUACAGAUGCUUUUCUUGAUUUCACAAAUUCGGCGGCCAGCUAUUACAUGAGAUGUCUCUCCGACGAUGUGACGGUGUCGUCAGACCCUGGCAAGGAACUCUCAACAUCAAUUUUCUACGAUGUCGUGCAGGCUUUGGUGGCUCUUUGGACCUGCGUCUUCUCACUUCUCUACUCUUAUGCCUGGCGUCAGCAUAGAAAGAAGUUCAUCCUGAGCAUUACUCGAUGGACUACGGCAAACGACAGCGUUUCGUACUCGGGAACAUCGUCGGUGUCGGUGACUUCUGAAGACUACCUGCCAAAACCACUGUGCAGGCGGCACUCAGUCAGUCACAACAGCCUUUGCUCACGACCACCAAGUGUGAAUCGCAAGUACAGCUAUGCCUAUUCCCACUAUAACGCCUGUGAUUCUGAUCACGACGAACAGCAUUAA